CCGUGUUUAUCCAAAAGCCCUUCAAUGCCCCAUUCGUUUUGUCCGACGAACCAUGGCGUGGUUAGUGCCUACAAAAAGACGCCAUUACUAUUUCUCUCGACGUCCAGCCUAAUUUAUAAGGACUGUGGUGCAUUGCGCAAUGCCAUCCGGGAAUCUGUAGUUCGACGUUGUGGACAUUUUUUUUCUCUCCCAUCCAAACACCAACAGAAUUUUGUUUAUCAUCGUCCUCGGUUAGAUUUUUUUCCCCACAAAUAACAUCUCCUCGACAGAUUGUCGAAGACCACGACAUCACCAUGGCCUCCAAAAUAAACGAAGCCCAUGAACACAUCGCUAAAGCGGAGAAAAAUUUAAAGACAAGCAUGACAAAGUGGAAGCCAGAUUUUGACAGUGCUGCAUCAGAAUAUGCCAAAGCUGCGGUAUGCUUCAAGAAUGCCAAACAGUUUGAGCAGGCUAAGGAUGCCUACCUGAAGGAGGCCGAGUACCACACGGAAAAUAAAGCCUUGUUUCAUGCAGCAAAAGCAAUCGAACAAGCAGGUAUGAUGAUGAAGGACUUGAAGAAGAUGCCUGAGGCCAUCCAGUACAUAGAGAAGGCCAGUAUGAUCUACGUAGAGAAUGGUACUCCUGACACCGCUGCCAUGGCUCUGGACAGGGCCGGGAAACUUAUCGAGCCUGUGAGUUUAGAGAAAGCUGUGGACCUGUAUCAGCAGGCUGCCGGUGUGUUUGAGAAUGAGGACCGUCUACGCCAGUCAGCUGAGCUCCUGGGGAAAGCUUCCAGACUGCUGGUCAGAUUACGCAGACUGGAUGAAGCGGCAACCGCCCUUCAAAAAGAGAAGAACAUGUAUAAAGAUAUAGAGAAUUACCCCACUUGCUUUAAGAAAACAACAGCUCAGGUGUUGGUUCAUCUACACAGAAAUGACUUUGUGGCGGCAGACAAGUGUGUCCGAGAGAGUUACAGCCUCCCGGGGUACAGUGGGAGUGAAGACUGCGUAGCCAUGGAGACGUUACUGCAGGGAUAUGACGAGCAGGACGAGGACCAGGUGCAUCGCGUGUGUAACUCUGCUCUGCUGAAGUACAUGGACAAUGAC